CUCGCUUCUUUUUCCCACGUGCGUUUUUUGAGUAAGGAGCAGCACGCGUUUGUCGGAAUUUUUUUAAGCCGAAAUAAGAAGUGAAUAAGUUGAAAUGGCACAAAAGAAAGUAGCUGGAAAGAAGCCUGCGGGCAACAACAACAAACGUGGCCCAAAAGCCAAGCAAGUUGAGGAGGAGAAACCUGAAUUGGAGGUCGAGGAGAACGAGGACUCCGAUGCCAGCGAGGAGGAAAACGACGCCAGUGACGCUGAGGAAAAUGGUGCUGCUGGUCUGGUGGAUUCAGAAGCUGAAGAGGAUGACGAAGAGGAUGAUGAUGACGAAGACGAUGAUGAGGACGAAGAUGAUGAUGAAUUGGAGCCCGGACAAAUCUCCAUCUCGAAACCAGCCAAAGAAGCUGAUGAGGAGGAGGAUGACGGCGACGAUUCCGAUGAUGAGCCUGUUGAGGCGCCUAUCUCCAAGCCAGCUAAAGAAAAGGAAGUAGCCAAGAAGGGCGGCAUUCCCAAAAUCCCCCUUGGUCCCAUUCCUCCCCAGACGCCCAAGGAACAGAUUGUUUACGUCUCCAAUAUUCCGCAAAUCUACAAACACAACGAACUUAUCGCCCUAUUCACCAAAUUCGGUCCAAUUAAAAUUUUGAAUCGCAUCAAAUCCAAGACAGGCGGCAAUAGUGUUUCAAUUGCCUUCGAGACCACUGAGGGCGCCGCAGCUGCUUUGGCCGCUAAGCCAAAAGCAUUGACACUCAAUGAUGAAGUGUUGAAGGUGACGCCUCCCCUCAGCAGAGUGGAGCUUAAUGAGCGCACCGUUGUCAUUGGACUGAUUGGACCCUCGGCAACCAAGGAGAAUCUGACCGAACACUUCAAGAGCUGUGGCACCAUUAGUGCCAUUAACUUCUCCAAAAAUCGCGAACUGCCCCAUGCCUAUAUACGCUUCCAGAACUUGGAGGCCGCGAAAAAGGCACUUAAAUUGGACGGCAGCGAGUUCAACUCACGUUUCAUCACAGUACGCAGCGAUACGUACGGCAACAAGGACCUCAAGAGUCCAGCAUUGACAUUGACUAUUACGAAUACUGGCAAUCAUGAGUCAUACAAAACUGAGGCUGUUGAGAAGAUAUUCAAAAAACACGGCACUGUCAAAGAUGUGGAUGUCGUUUGUACUCGUACGAUUUUGGCCUUUGUCACUUACGAAACUGCCGAGCAGGCCCAAAAGGCACUGAAGUCAUUGAAUGGCAAGACUGUGGGAGAUUUGGAAAUCAAAAUUGAGCCCUAUAAUUACAGCUCAUCAGCUCGCACUGUUCUGGUGACCAAUUUGGUCGGUGGUGUUAAUGAGGAAGAGAUCAAAGCCUUGUUUAAUGAGAAUGAUGAGGUUGAAAGCGUCAGGAUGCUAGCAAAUAAGGCUAUUGUUAAAUUCACCACAGACGAUGCUUUCUGCAAGUCAUUCCUGUUGAACGAACGCAUUGUCAAGGGUCAGCCCAUCUUCCUUGAGCCCAACUCGACGUUGAAACACAAGAUCUUGCAGAAGAAACAAUUGUCUAAGCCAUAUUACAAGAAAAAUGGUGGUGGUCCUCCCAACAAAUUCGGAAAUAACAACAAACCAUUCAACAAAAGGCCAGCCCAGGAAAAUGGCAGCACACCGAAAAUCAAGAAAGCCAAGCAGUUCUAAACUUGGCGGAAUGAACGAUGGUCAAUGAUGGGUUCCCUAGUCUUAAGUCAUUUUAUCAAUAAAAAUAAUAACAAUAGCCAUUCGGGCCAAUGCAAACAAUAACAAAUGCAUUGAAAUUAUAGUAGUUGUGUAAGUUGUCCCGCCGCGGCCUGCAUAUUCAAGAAUUGUAUUUGAAUAUUUAACGAUAUGCUAAUAAAAAAAGCAGAGUACAUCGUAAAAUAA